CGUGCUCCGCGGCGCCCGGCUUACUCCAGCCCCUUGGCUGGUGGGACGGGUCCGAAAUGGCCGCGCCCGGCGCUGGGGCGACUCGGCUGCUCCUGCUUUUGCUGAUGGCGGCAGCAGCUCCCAGCCGGGCGCGGGGUAGUGGUUGCCGGUCCGGGGCCGCUGUGCGGGGGGCGGGGGCGGAAGGUCGAGAGGGCGAGGGCUGCGGCGCCGUGGGGCUGCUGCUGGAGCACUCAUUUGAGAUCGAUGAUAGUGCCCACUUCCGGAAGCGGGGCUCGCUGCUCUGGAACCAGCAAGAUGGCACCUUGUCUUUGUCGCAGCGGCAGCUCAGCGAGGAGGAGCGGGGCCAGCUCCGGGAUGUGGCAGCGCUGAGUGGCCUGUACCGUGUCCGGAUUCCACGGCGGCCUGGGGCCCCUGACGGCCCAGAAGCCGGUGGCCACGUCUCCUCCUUUGUCCCCGCGUGCUCCCUGGUAGAGUCGCACCUCUCGGACCAGCUGACCCUGCAUGUGGACGUGGCCGGCAACGUGGUGGGGGUGUCGGUGGUGACGUUCCCUGGGGGCUGCCGGGGCCACGAGGUGGAGGACGUGGACCUGGAGCUGUUCAACACCUCCGUGCAGCUGCAGCCGCCGGUCCCGGCGCCAGGGCCCGAGACGGCAGCCUUCAUCGAGCGCUUGGAGAUGGAGCAGGCCCAGAAGGCCAAGAACCCCCAGGAGCAGAAGUCCUUUUUCGCGAAAUACCAGACGCCCUGCCUGCCCAGCGUGCGCGUGUCCUUGGUCGUCACAGGAAGGAUUUGCCGGCCCCUCCUGUCUCCCUGUCGCAUGAGGGUAGGAGAGCGCCCCCUCCCCAGGAGUCCCUUCCCUCUGGGCCUUGGCGUUACUGGUGGUGGGAGGGCGGCGGGUUCUGGGCCCUGCUGCACCCCGCCCUCCCCUGUGGCCCCGCUGUAGCCCCAGAGGCUUCCCUUUGCCACAGAAUAGAGCCCAAGCUCCUGGUCUAGCUCUGACCUCACUUCUGGUUCCCCCCACUCCACCCCCUGAGGCCCUGCAGUUUGGGAACAUGCCUAGUUCUCUCCAGCCGCUGUGCCUUUGUCGUGAUCUCCUCGCCCUGCCUGGCCAGGUUAGAUAAUACCCCUAACUUGUCUGACACUGGAUUGGGACAGCAGCCUCCUGUCUGUCUGCCCUUGAGGGCACCCUGGGGCUCCUCGCAGCCCAGAGCUGGCACAGAGCAGGGGUGGGCUGGCCACGGGCACCACCUUUUCCAUCCCUCCGUGCAGCCCUGUCCCCUGUUUCGGCCUAUAUCUGCCCACGGUUCUUAGUGGGAGUUGAGGAUUCCUGCCAUCAGGAUGCCAGGCCCUCCCUAGGCUUCUGGGCUUGAAGAAGUGAUGUUGAAAGCCAAAAGAAACAUUUAGUGGAGUCAGGGGCCAGGUGAUAUAAAUAGAAUCCCUUUCCUGGCCUGGGUAUCUUGCCUGGGACUUUGCUGGUUCCUUGCUAUCUAUCUCCCCUCCUUCUUUUGUCUAUUUAAAAACAUUGACAAGGCAACAUAUUGAAAUAGGUAAACAUUUUGGAAAGUUACAACUUGCACCAGCCCAGUGCAACUGUUGCCUUGGCUAAGAGGCGGUCAGGACGUACCGGCGCUGCUGACUUCCCCUGGUCACUGUGUGUGUUAUUCAGAAACACCAAAAAAUGGCCACCAUUGUGAUGGUAACAGCUGCAUCAGGCUCCACGGUGUCUGUGUAGCAGUUUAUUAAACUGUCCCCCAAACGUUCAA